GCAUCAAAGAAAUUCAGAAUUAGAUUUUUAUUUGCUCCAUAACAGCUCAAAAAUUUACAACAGGCAGUUAGAAUUAAAUUGUUAUAAAAUAAGAACUUUUUAAUAAUUAAACUUCAAAAAUUCUGUUUAAAGAACAAGAAAAGUGAGAACAAAAUAAAGUUCACUAACCGGAUCGUACACAAGCUCCGCCCAUUCGCUGGUGUUGCGUAAUUUUAAUUUUUGCAGCGUCUUCACAUGUGAACAUAUUGUGGAUUGCUGUUUAUUUACAAUUCUGAAUUUUUAAACGUCAGCUUUAAACAACUGAUUAAACUAGAAUGAACUCAAUUUCAUCAUUCUUUGCGUCGCUGGAUCCAAUUUUAUUCAUCGAAAUUCUUGAAAAUAAAUUGACAAUUUCCCGCGAAAAGUUCACAUUCAAGUCUGCAUCGUUGGCAUCAGCGAGUGGAAAGAAUGGCAACUUUGUAUCCGAUAUUUAUCGACUUUCAAUCAAAUUUGACCUUCCAGGAACUGACGAACAAGCAAUUGAUGUGAUUAUGAAAGUGUCAUUCGAUAUUGUGUCUGAAAUAAAGCAAUUGUCAGUUUUUAGAAGAGAGCAGUUGAUGUAUGAAGACAUGAUUAAAAGUUUUGAAGGCAUUUGGACUGAAAAUGGACAUGAUAUUAUUUUUGCUCCAAAACUCUAUAAAGUGACUGAUGUUCCAUGUGAAAUAAUCGUUCUCGAGGACCUUAAAGUUGACGGCUAUCAAAUGAUGAGUAAAAAAGAUGGCCUUGAUCUUGAACAGACUAAGCUUGUCUUAUCAAAACUUGCGAAAUUUCAUGCAGCAAGUGCUGUUCGUUUAGUGAAGGACAACAAAGUCAUUAACCAUUGCUUCAAUAGAGUCGCUACUCACGUAAAGCACUUACCUGAUAGUCCAAUAAUUUCAUCAAUGCAAAGACUCUUCAACAAAUUAAUUCAAGUUGCACAAACAUUUUCCAGUGAUUAUAGUGAUAAAAUGACUCAAUGGCCACUUGAUAUCCUUAUGGACUCGUACUUUGAUGUUGCACAUCCGAUGAAAUGUGGAUUUAUGACACUUAUUCAUGGUGACUUAUGGACUAAUAAUAUUUUAUUUCAAGAAGAUUCUGAUGGAAAAUCAAUUGAUGUUAAAAUUAUUGAUUAUCAGAUAUCAUUUUGGGGAAGUCCGAAUGCUGAUUUAAUUUAUCUGCUGUUCACGUCUGUGAUGGAUGACGUGAAGGUAAAGCAUUUUGAUGAAAUCAUUGAAUUUUAUUAUAGAGAGUUAAGGAUGUCUUUGGAAAUGGUAAAAUAUGGUGGAUACAUACCGACAGUUGAGGAACUGAAGGAUGAUUUGAUGGAUAAUCGGAUGUAUGCAAACCAAUUAUUCCCGCUCAUAAUACCAAUAACGAGAAAUUGUUCAUCGACAAACUUAGAAAUAAAGGACUUGUUUGGUGGAAACCUUACGGAAGAAACAUUAAAUGCUGUAUUUAUGGACGAGAAUGUCUUGAAGGUCAUAGGUUCUUGGUUGCCAUUCAUGUAUGAACGAGGCUUUCUAGACAUAAAAUGUAAAGAAAAUUGCAAAGCCAAAUAGAAAAUUGUUAUUAAGAUCGUUAAAGAUAUUUGAGGUUAAAUCGAUGGCAAUAGACUUAAUCCGCAUACAGCAUAAAAUAAUUUUUUAUACACAGCAUAUCUUCACACAUUUUACAAUAUUCAAAUAUUUAAGGAAGACGAAGAAGCUCAUAAUUUUGUAAACAUUAUCCAUUCCAUGCUUGAAGCAUUUUCAGCAUUGACGAUAAAAAUCAUAAAUGUUACAUACACUGUAGCUGAUAAAAUUGGAAUAAUAAAUAAUGGAG